CUAGUGCAAAUCUAACAAAGCGGACGAGGAGAGAGCGAUAUCUGCCCUUUGCACGGCAGUGGGAGGGCUUGAAUGUGACAGAACUUAAUGGCAGCUGCGUGACAUUUCUCCUGGCAUGCCGGAAACAUUUCACAGAAACGGAGCGAGUAUUUACAUUAAGUAACGUACGUAGGCACUGUCGCAGCCUUGAGCGGAUCACACCGCCGCGGAGGCUGCAUCUGCAUGAAAGGACAUUUAUUUACCAAUACACCAAUGUCUUUGUAACGCUGUUAUCAGCCUUGACACAUAGGAAACUACUUUUCGCAAUUGCAGGUAUAUAGCAUAAACGCCAUAAAAAUUCAGGUUGCAACCUCGGCGAUCCCGGAUGUUUGUUUUUAUCGCUUUUAUAGAUCGGCACAUCGUUGAGCUUCCGGUCAGCCCGUUAACCGCGAGUGACUGAUGCUCCGUACCGGCAGGAUGGAGGAGUUUGUAAUGGAGGAGGACGAGCCAUGGUACGACCAGAGAGACCUGGAGCAAGAUCUGCACUUGGCCGCUGAGCUGGGUAAAACCCUCCUGGAGCGCAAUAAGGAGCUAGAGGACUCGCUGCAGCAGAUGUACAUCAACAAUGAAGAGCAGGUGCAGGAAAUCGAGCACCUGACCAAGCAGAUGGAGAUGUUACGAGAGAUGAACGAGCAGCACGCUAAAGUGUACGAGCAGUUGGACAUGACAGCGCGUGAGCUGGAGAUAACCAAUGAGAAAUUGGUGCUGGAGAGCAAAGGGUCUCAACAAAAGAUUGACAGAUUGACCGGCACUAUUGAGAUGCUGCAGGGGCAGGUGGACACGCUCACUGCUCGUGUGGAGGAACUGCGCUCACUGGAAGAGCUCAGGGUUCGCAGAGAGAAGAAGGAGAGGAGAAAGACUGUACACUCUUUCCCCUGCCUCAAAGAACUCUGCACCGCCCCCAGGUAUGAAGAUGGUUUCAUGUUGUCGGACCCUGGCAGUGGUGACCUAGAGGAAUGUCAGCCAGUGGAUGAAGAGAAUGAACACCUGCGCAUGAUGGUGAAGUCUUUGCGCGCAGCUGUGGCGGCUGAACGCGGACGGCGUGAGGCCGCCGAGCAGGAAUGCUCUGCGGUGCUACAGGAGUUUGAGCGCAUGGAACAGCGCCUCCUGGGGGCUGAGAAUUGCCAGCGUCGUGUGCAUGAGCUGGAGGCGGAGCUCCGGGAGAUGCAGUUGCUACGCAAGUCUCGCGCAUGCCUGUUGAGGGGUGAAGAAGGCCUGGAGCAAACGCUGCUUAACAGCACCCCCGAGACCGAUAUGCCGGAUGAUGCCAUUAUGACCGGAGUGCAGAACGGGGAUGCAAAGGAUCAGAGCAGUUCGGCACCUGUCCGGAAGAGCUGCAGCGAUACAGCUCUGGACGCCAUCUCUGCUGUUGACGCCUCAGGUAGACGGAAAGGCAGCUACGCACUCCACGCCAAUGGCGUACGUAAGAGGGGUAUGUCCAUCCUUCGGGAGGUGGAUGAGCAGUACCAUGCCCUUCUGGAGAAGUAUGAGGAGCUGCUAGGGAAGUGUAGACACCAUGAAGAGAGUCUAUGUCACGCUGAAGUGCAAACGUCCCGUCCCGUGUCCAGGGACCCAUCCAUGAAGGAAUGCCGGGCUGCCGAGCCCCAGCAGCCACCCACUCCACCGCAGAUGCCCUCGACUCCAGAGGCCCUGGAGGGCAUCAGCCGGCAGGUGGAGGCUGUGGAUAAGAGGCUGAGUCAGAACACUCCUGAGUACAAGGCCCUCUUCAAGGAGAUAUUUUCUCGCUUGCAGAGGACCAAGAGUGACAUAAACUCCACCAAAGGGAGGAAAAGUGGAAAAUAGCCCAUAUGGGUCUUAAAGAAAUAGCUGACCUAAAAAAGAAAGAUCUAUCAUUGUGUACUACCUUUAUGUCUUUCUAAAUCUGCAUGCUUUUAUAUUUAUUUUUUCUUGGGCACACCACAACAGGACACAGUGACCAAGGACCAAUCGUUUUUUGGUGAACUAUUCCUGCCACUUUUUUUUCUUCCACCCGCUUAUUCAUGUAAUGUGUUAAUUUGGUGAAGCUACAUACUGAAAGGUGACAUAAUACUCUUUUAAUGUUUCCCCAAAUGGUGUGAUGCCAUAUCAAGAGACAAUCUGUUCAAAGGAAGUUGCCUUGUGACUAAUGUGCUUUUGCAGGUUUUACAGUAACCGUAUUCACCCCAAGGAUAUCUUCGAUGCUGAUUUCCUUUCUCAGUCUUACCACGUGUAUUAAACUAUCAUAAUCACAGCGUUGUGUGACCACUUUCGUUCAAUAUUA